AUGCAGGCUGCAAAUAAAGCCGUAGUUCAAGUUAGCAGAGGCACUAGUGUGAUCCUGCUCCUUGUCUACAUUCUCUAUUUGUUGUUCCAACUGAAAUCCCACGCAUACAUCUACGAGAGCACGCCACAGCAUAAAAUCGACGAAGAGUCUCAUCCAGGUGUCCUGGCAGAAAUACUAAAUUCCAGCAGCUCAUCAGAAUCCUCUUCGUCGGACGACAAUGACUCGGAUAGUAGCUCAGGGUCACAAACUACUGCGAAGCGCAUCCGAAAGGCCAUUCGGAAAAGAAGACACCGCAAGUCAAGCGCAGGCUCGAAGGACUCGCAGAUUUCACCUUCAGCCCAGGAAUCGGACCGAGUAUCAUUCCCUUCUCGCCAAACAGUCCCUCUGUCCUUGCUUAAACAUUCUUCCUUAUCAUCAAAAAAGUCGCUCAGUCCUAAAGCGUUUUGCGGUGAGGAUGAAGCCAAUCAAGAAGAAACCGGGGGGCGUUUCGGGCGUCAUCCGGGUGUGACAACGCAUGACUUCGAAAGUGGACCAUCACCAGAAGCUUCACAUGAAACCGGGAAAAGGCAACGAGAAAAGAAUCUCAGAAUAUCGAGAAGAGAUAGGAAGGAAUGUGGACUACGAGCACCAGCAGAGCUCCAAUCUCAGCAUAGCGAGCUUUCCGGUCGCCGUGUUGAGUUUACAAGUCCUUCUAACGCUGAACAGUCACCAAAAAGGCCGUUUACACUCCGAGGGAUUUCGCGCGAAAGACUCUCAAUACCACGAUUCAUUCCUACCCUGCAAUUCGGUUCAAAUAACAUUGGCGAAACGCAACAGCGACCAUCAAUCAGCCGUAAUGGAAAUCAACCCAUUUUGCGUCGGACAACUUCCCUACCUGACCGGCUGUACAAUUCCUCUCACUACACGCCCACUAUUCCUUCUGUGCAACCUCUACCGCACCUAAUGCCCAUAAUUUUACCUCAAGAGUCAGACACAGAUUCAGAAACGGACAAGAAGCAGCAUAUUUCUCGAACAGCCUCAAUCAUACUUCUCUUGGUCUCUACAGGCCUUGUUGCGGUGUGUGCCGAGUUUCUUGUGGAGAGUAUUGAUUAUCUUGUCAAAAACACCGGCAUCAGUCAAGCCUUCAUCGGUUUGAUUAUUCUUCCUAUUGUCGGCAAUGCGGCUGAACACGUCACUGCAGUGUCCAUGGCCAGUAAAAACAAGAUGGAUUUGGCUAUUGGCGUGGCCCUCGGCAGCAGUAUUCAAAUUGCCAUUUUUGUGACGCCAAUCAUUGUUUUGCUAGGUUGGUGUCUGCACACCGAUAUGUCGCUAUAUUUCAGUCUUUUCGAGACAGUUUCACUUUUUGCAUCAGCGUUUAUUGCCAACUACCUUAUGCUAGAUGGCAGGACAAACUACCUUGAAGGCGCACUUCUGAUCUCUGCAUAUGUGAUCAUUGCUGUUGCAGCCUUUUUCUAUCCCUCUUGCUCGAACUUGAGUGAUGCGGAUCCAAAGCUCUGCUAA